AUGAAAAUCAAGGACCGUGAAGUUUUGGUGUCGUAUGAUGUAUCGUCACAGUUUACUAACGUUCCUGUGGAUGAAACCAUCGAGAGUAUCACAGAGAGAGCCUUUGAAAACGACUGGUUCAACAGAGAAUACGCUCUUAACAUCACGAAGUCAGAUUUGAUGGAGCUGGUGAGAAGCGCCACCAAAAAUCAGCUAUUUCAUUUCGAAGGAAAGUUGUACGAACAAGUGGACGGUGUAGCUAUGGGAUCGCCACUAUGUACCCUCAUGGCAAACGCCUUCAUGUGUACAAUUAAGAAACAGUUAGAAAGAGGGAACAAGAUGCCUAUCUUCUACAAGCGCUUUGUAGAUAAUACACUUAGUGUAAUGCCUGAUCUGGAAGCAGCCUCAGAAUUUCUGGAGACAUUGAACAAAUCUCAUCCCUCUAUUGAUUUCACAAUGGAACUCCAAGAAAAUG